GAUACGGACCGGAUCGGACGCUGGUGGCGUCUGAACGCAUAUCCAUCUUCAUUGCGCUCACGGGUGUCUGCGUUUUCUCCAGCUCGUGCAGUAUCAUGCAGUCUUUAAUAUCCCCAGUCACCAAAGCAAUACUGGUUGCACUGUUUAUUUUUGCGAUCCUGCUCAUUUUGUACGUGAUAUUAUGGUAUAUAUGUCGAGAUGUGGAUUGUGAUCACGGAAUUUGAUUGACAAAUUACUGGAAGCGUCUUUAAGGACAUGCACCGGGUGUCCCAGCAUUGGCACUGAUCAACAAGGGAGCAAAGGUUGACUCUGAUUUGCCCAAGCAGAAUGGAAAGGUUGCCAUAGUUACAGGGGGAACCAGAGGAAUGGGAUAUGAGAUUUCCAGACAUCUGGUCAGCCUGGACAUGCAUGUGAUCAUUGCUGGAAAUGAAGAAGAGGAGGGUCUGGCAGCAGUGAAGAAGAUUCAAGAAGAGUUGAAUCAGGGAAAAGUGGAGUUCAUGUACCUGGAUUUGGCCUCUUUGACAUCUGUUCGGCAGUUCGUCCAGAGAUAUAAUGCCAAGGGUUUGCCUCUACAUGUCCUUGUCAAUAAUGCUGGUGUUAUGCUUGUUCCAGAGAGGAGAACAGAGGAUGGAUUUGAGCUACACUUUGGGCUAAACUACCUGGGCCAUUUCCUGUUAACCAACCAAUUGCUGGGUGCGCUGAGGAAGACUGGCAAACCUGGCAAAUGUUCCCGGAUAGUUAUUAUGUCUUCAGCUACCCACUAUGGAGGGAGAUUAACUCUGGAUGACUUGCAGGGAAGGUUAUGCUAUAGUUCCCAUGCUGCAUACGCUCAGAGUAAGCUGGCCCUGCUACUGCUCUCCUACCACCUGCAGGAGCAGUUGCUGGUCCGAGGAGACCCCGUGACGGUGAAUGCGGUGGACCCCGGCAUGGUGGACACGGCCCUGUAUGACAAUCUGUGCAGCCCGGCCCAGGUGGCCAAGAAGCCUUUCGCUAAACUGCUCUUCAGGACGCCUGCAGAAGGAGCAUCCACCGCCAUCUAUGCCGCCGCUGCCUCUGAGCUAGAGGGGAUCGGAGGACUGUAUCUGUACAAUGGCCGAAAGACUGAGUCCUCAGCACUGUCUUAUGACAAACAUCUGCAAACCAAGCUGUGGAAACAAAGCUGUGCUCUUGUGGGACUCCAAUUGACCUGAGAGAAUAUAAGUACUGAAUCCAUCUUAUACUUCAUAAUAUGUCCAUGCCUUAAGUUAACAGGUUAGUAUCCCUAUUUGCCAAAGCAUCUAGUGGUGUUUCGUUUAUUUUAAUUACCAUUUCAGUGUCCACACAAACCGUCCUUUAAGUUCCCGAGGACUUAACCUCAACAAUGUGGGAUCGAUGCUAAUAAAUGCGCUGUUUGUUUUUUCCGUCCUAAAAUUCCUUCUUCUCCACCCGGGAAUUCUCUGGACACUUUUUCUCCUGACUGAAGCAAAUAAAACAAUGAUUUCGAUUCAUAAUCUUCUAUCUUGCUCUCCGCCAAGCUUUUCUGGGUGCUUAAUGAAUCAGGACCAUCGCAAUAGCUGUUCCACUGAUUUUCUGUUGCAUUUGAUCAACAAUGGAAGGAUAAAAGGAUUAUAUGGGAAAUCUCAAGUGCUGGAAACUGGGCAAAUACCAGCCUGUGUCUGAUUCUCUUGGUUUCUGUGCUUGGCUUUUUGUGUCCUUCAUUGUUAGUGUAGUUGUAUAUCUUCGGUGGCUCAUACACUGGGUUAUUCUACCCAUCAGUCAGUGUCAUUCUUCCCUCUGCCUACCGCAUCUAAUUGCCUAAACACAAACUGCAGAAGGGCUAAGGGGGAAAAACAUUUGUCUGUCUGAGCCCUUCAUUUUUCAUUCAUCCACUGUGCAAUUUACAAUACUGUGUUUGGAAGAUUCCACCGAAGAGACGGCUGCCCGCCAGGUGCCUCACCUUCAUCCACUUUUUUUCCUCCCCGAGGGGAAUAUUUUGUCCAACUGUUCUGUUCGUGACUGUGAUGUGCUCAGAAUCUGUGAUUCCACUGUGUAAUUGUAGACCAUGUAGUUGUAGUGUAUUUUUUUAAAUUCUUGCUUCUGAACAGACCUUGAAAGAGAAUAGUUUAAAAUAUGUGCACAUAUUUUAUAAAUCAAAACUUGUGGAGUAUUAUCUUUUAAAUGUAUUCCAGCUUUUUCCUGAUUUUUCAAAUAUGUAUUUAUCCGAGGUCAGUGUGCAAUAGCUGAUGGAGUCUUGAAAUAUUGGAAAAUUUGCAAGUUUUCCAACAGAAGAUGUCGCUUCAUGAAUAUCAAUAUAUAAAAGUACUGUAAAAAAAAAAGUAACAAUUCUACCUGCUGGUGUUUGUGAUAACUUGGAGGUGUUGUCCUGACUUUGGCUGCUUUGGAUAAAGUGCUACUUUGACCUGUUAAAUCCUAAUUUCAGUGUACUGGUGUCAAACUGUGCCUGUCAUCCGUGUGUUUAAUGUGGCAUCCAUCAUGCGAUGGACCCGAUUUCUGUUCCUUCUCUGUAUCAUCCAACCAACGGGAUAUGAAGCUUUGGGGUGAACGAGAGAUUAAUAUAUUCACCCCUUUGCAUUGCUUUUUGCGAAUUAGCUUUUAUUAUCGCCUAGUUUUGCUCAUGGUACUGUAAUUAUGCACUAAUGGAAGUGCUGCUGUAUUAUAAUGUAUUUAGCAUUAUAGGAAGUAUAAUUAACUUCCGUGCACAGAUAACAAUGAUCCGAUAGAUUAAUUAUACGGUCGUGUUGCUGAGAAAUAAAUGAAUAAUAUUUGGAGCCACCAAAUGGUUGAUGAUAAAUGAAUGGAGAAACUGUCUCUGUACAAAAUGUGCAAAGAGGAUUUUGCGUACUUAGCUCCUCAGCCACAUGCACUGUGAAUGAGCCCAAUGUUUCUGUCAUUUGUGUGUGUGAAAGAGAGAAGAUGGAAAAAAGAGAGAGCAGCAUUAUCUUGCCAGGAGACUCUGAAGUGUCUCAUCUUCAGCUCUUGUUGAAAACAGAGUGAAUGAGUUCCUCUUGUCUAAAUAAAUACACUGAUCUCCCUGUU